AUGUUUUUGCUGAGAGAUUUGAAAUUAGUCCGGCUUCUUGGCGAGGGCUCCUUCGGAAAGGUGUUUCUUGUGGCCUUCGAGGGCCUGGCCAGCGUAAAGAUGAAAAAGCUGUACGCGCUCAAAGUAAUAAGCAAGGCCCGCGUUAUCAGCAACAAUCUAACAUCGCACAUAUACAACGAAAAAAUGACAAUGCUUGCCGUGCACUCGCCCUUCUGUGUGCGCCUCUACAGCACCUUCCAGGACGAGAAGCAUUUAUUCCUGGUCAUGGAGUAUGUUCCCGGCGGCGAUCUCUUCUUCUACAUGAAAGAAAUAGUAAAAUUUAGCAUAAAGCGCACGCGCUUCUACAUCGCUGAAAUACUUGUGGCUCUGGAGGGUCUGCACACUCUUGGGAUUAUAUACAGAGACCUCAAGCCAGAGAACAUUCUGCUCGAUGAAAAGGGCCACAUAAAACUGGCAGACUUUGGGUCUUCAAAACAGCUGUACGAGCCCAUCACAUGGACGCUCUGCGGCACGCCUGAGUACAUGGCGCCUGAGCUGGUGAUGAACAGAGGCCACGGCUUUGAGGUGGACUUUUGGUCGCUUGGCAUCGUUUUGUACGAGAUGAUCGUGGGCCGCCCGCCCUUCUACCACGCCAGCCAGGUGGAGCUCUGCAGGCUGAUCCUUCUCGGACACAUCAAGUUCCCCGCCUCUGUGAAUCCUGUGACGCGCGAUCUCAUAAAGAAGCUCCUGCAGACAGACAGAAAGAAAAGGCUCGGAUACAAAAAAGGCGCCAAAAUGAUACGCAACCACCCAUUCUUCCAUGAUAUCAACUGGGGGAUCAUCCAGGGGAGGAGCUACAAGCCUCCGAUAGUGCCCAAGAGCAAUGAAGAGGAUCUUUUAAAAAACGCCCCCAUGUGCUCCAUUCGCUCGCACAUACUGGAAACAACAAGUGGCUCGCCUGUCUCUGACCACAUCUUCGAUCAGUACUAG